AUGCGCCAGUUGGUUGAGGCCCUUCCCCCGACUAUUCUUUCCCAAGUGCAGACGUUUUUAAGAGAUCCCCCGACUAAUGCUCCCUACACCAAGUUAAAGGCUGAACUUCUUCGCCUGACAUCAGUCUCCGAUCGGCAGCGUUAUCACGCUCUGGUAAAAGAGGAAGCCUUAGGUGAUCGCAAGCCGUCGGAACUCUUGCGUCGUAUGCGUUCUCUUGUUGGGAACAUGACAAUCGACGACAAGUUCUUUAAAGAGAUGUUCUUAGAACGUCUGCCGACGUUGGUACAAGCAAUUUUGGCCUCUGGCUCCGACGGCCUAGACAUAUCAAAGUUAGCGGCGAUGGCUGACCGUAUGAUGGAGGUUGAGCGUUUGUCAUCCACGACGAUUGCUCAAGUGUCCCAGCCUCUCACCGUGUCCACCUCUGACUUGACUGAAUUAAAGUCACAGAUUGCCCAGUUGUCAGCGACUGUUGCCGCUUUGCAGCUGCGCCGAUCCCCCGGGCCCUCUCGACGUUCCUUCGGCCGUGACCGUUGUCGCUCACGCUCUCGCCCCAGGACCGCUAACCCAUGUUGGUAUCAUGUCAACUAUGGCGAUUAG